AUUCUUCUCUCUUCAGCACAGUUCAGUCCUGCAAAGACAUAUGAAGAAUGGUGGGCAUACAAAGAGGCUGUCCAAGGUAGCUUUGUGCCAGGUCCAGCAUUUUGGGGACUGGUGAACUCUGCUUGGAAUUUGUGUACAAUCGGCAAACGGCAAUCACCCAUUGAUAUUAACACAAGCCAAAUUAUCUUUGAUCCAUUCCUACCUCCUCUCCGCCUGACAAUGAAUGAUGACAAGAUAAGCGGAACAAUGCACAACACAGGACGCCACGUAUCCCUUCGAAUAGACAAGCACCAGGCGGUAAAUAUUUCAGGAGGUCCCCUUUUAUACAAUCACCGUCUUGAUGAAGUGAUGUUUCAUUUUGGCAGCAAAAAUGAGAAUGGUUCAGAACAUCUAAUGAACAAGAAAGCUGCAGCUGGUGAGGUACAACUGAUUCAUUAUAACCAGGAGUUAUACAACAAUAUCAGCGAAGCAUCUCGCAACCCCAAUGGCCUGGCUAUAAUCUCUUUCUUCGUGAAUGUGACGGAUAACUCCAAUCCAUUUCUCAACAGGAUGUUGAACAGAGAGACCAUCACUAGGAUAUCUUAUAGAAAUGAAGCCAUUUCUCUACAGGAUCUUAGUAUUGAAGAGCUUUAUCCAGAAACCUUUGGAUUUUUGACUUACCAAGGUUCUAUGACCAUCCCACCUUGUUAUGAGACUGUCACCUGGAUUAUAAUCGAUAGGCCUCUGAAUAUCACCUCAGUUCAGAUGCACUCUUUACGCUUGCUGAGUCAGAACCAUCAGUCUCAAAUCUUUCAGAGCAUGAGUGACAAUUUCCGUCCAGUGCAACCUCUUUUCCAUCGUGGAUUGAGAGGGAACCUCGAUUUCCGCAAACCAGGACGGUUGUGCAAAGGUGCUAAUUACAAACUUCACGUUGACCGGCCUACGUCUUCCCAGAACUAUAAUUAAGAAUUUCCAACCAUCACUUCUGACCCACUUGCAAAAUCUCUAUACCAGCUUUUUGGAACAAAAAGAAAAGGGCAUUGCUUAGUGUCCAUGUUUGAUCAUCUUUUGAAGAGGACAUUUUUACUAGUUUGUAAACAAAACUGGAAUUUCAUUCACAUUAAAAUAACAAUAUUACUAA